GGCUGUAAAGCGAUCUGCCCGUGAUAAGAAAGCAAACGUGAAGCUUCGACGAUAAAAUUGUACUGGCAUUCCCCAAACGCAUGAAUCAAACGAGCAAGAUCUGAAAGCCCUGGGUAGAUCACCCUUACAGCAUAUUUGAUGUCGAAGAUUCCAGAAUAGCAUUCGCUGCUCCCUGCAUGCAGAGGCUCAGACCUGUUUAAAAGACCAUACAACGAGAGGUUCUACUCGAUUUUGUGAUACCGAUAGCCUAUGAUGUCUAGCAACUCGGACAAAGCUCCACUGCUAUUGAGCGAAAACAAGACAUCAGGGUGCAACUAUGGAGCAGGUGAUAAAACUGAGGCCAAUGGAGAGACAUUUGUCACAGCAUCAAGUUCCGGCGGCAAAGGGCCUCAACCAACUGAAAACAAGAUGUCAUGGACCCAGAAGAGGCUGCUGGUUGGUUUAACUCUGGUGAGCCUGUUAAACGGUUCCUUAAUAGCGGUGAUGGUGCCGUUCUUUCCGGUGGAGGCGGCCGCGCGAGGCGUCUCACAGACCCUCAUCAGCGCCGUGUUCAGCUGCUUCGCCGUCGCCCAGAUGAUUGCCAGCCCCCUCGUCGGCCGGUUGGCACCCGUGGUUGGCGUCACCCGGCUCUACAACAUCGGCAUCGCCACGGCCGGCCUCACAACCAUCACCUUUGGCACGCUCAGCUACAUCCACGGCAAGGACGCCUUCGUGGCGGCCUGCUUCCUGGUGCGACUGGUGGAAGCGGUCGGUACGGCGGCCGUGUCCGGCUGCGCCUUCACCAUCAUCGGUAACCAGUUCGCCGACCGGGCCGGCAUGCUGGCCGUCGCACCGGCCGUCGGCGGAGGCCUGUACGCCGUCGCCGGCUUCGGCAUGCCCUUCUACGUCCUCGGCGGCACGAUGGUCGGCGCGGCCUUGCUCAACCAGUGGAUGAUGCCGCCGCUGGUCAAGUGCGAGAGGAACGCAGUCCCGUUCCUCAGCAUGCUGAGCAUGUUCGGUCAGUCCUCCAAGAACUGGCUGUGCCUCAUGAUUGUCUUCCUCUACUCAUUCGUGUUUCUGACGUUCGACGCCUGUGUGGCGCCAUACGCCAAUGACGUGCUGGGCAUCACGCCAUCCACCCUGGGACUCUAUUUCUUGGUGGCCACGACAGUGUACGCUCUGACCAGCUUCAUGUGGGCCCGGCUGUCCGAGCACUCCCGCAACCCCUACGUGCAGAUGUCGCUCUGCCUGCUGGCGACGACAGGCAGCCUACUGCUAAUCGCUCCUUCGCCGCUGCUGAACACUGCACCCCGCUGGUGGCUCCUCGGCCUGGGGCAGACGCUGCUCGAAGGCUUCUUCGGCGGUGCCUACAUCCCAUGCUUCUCGCAGAUGCUGCAGGAGAGCGUGCGGAAGGGCCUAGCGGACGAUCUGGUGACGCAGGCGUUUGUGUCGAGUGUGUACUGGACCGGUUACUCGCUUGGCUCUGUGGUGGGUCCCGUUUCUGGUGGCCUUCUUGUGGACGCUUACGGCUUCCCCGUGAUGAUGACCUGCAUGGCUGGUCUGGCCCUGCUAGUCUGGCUGCUGACUGUGAUGCAGGCCGUCGGGACGGCAUGUUCAGAGGGCCGCAGAUGCCCCUCAGGGAAUGAAACGGAACCACUCUGCAGAGCGUGAGGUAAGCCACGUGUAUUUGGUUACGCGUGACGUACCUUAUCGGUCGUUAACGGGCACCUCAAGUAUAAGGACCUCGUGACACAUCGCUGUGAAACACGUUAGCACCGCUUUGAGUGGGUGUUGGCUUAGGCUCUUGUCGCCUCUCCGUACAGAGUGCAAACCCUAUGCACAUCGAACAGCCACGCCACUUUUGAGCUGUUGGUGACCUACUCGCGACUU